UCAUCAGCCUUUGUUUCGGAUUAGUGGGCUUAUAUGUUGAGGCUUAUGCGCUUUGUUUUAGUUUAGUGGGCUCAUGUUGUAACUUAAUGGGCCUAUGUUGUAUAAAUUAAAAUAUCAAAGCCCAUAAAGUUACCGUACUCUCCCAUCAUCGUGUAGUUGAGUUGUCUCGCUCUUGUUUAAAUCUCUAGGUUUUAUAUAGAAGGCGCCUGUGGUUCCAUUGGAAGGAGAGAAAGAAUGUCGAAGAAGAAUAACUUAGCCAAGAGAAAGACUCAACAUGAGUACAAUCUCCAAAAAGAGAAAGAAAUACAGGACAAGAAGAUAAAGAAGCUUCAGGCCAACAAGAACAAGAUGAAAGUUGAUGGUAGCGGUAAGAAGAAGAAAGGUGGAUUCUCAGUUGGGAAGAAGAAGUUGAAGACUAAGUUGACUCCUGCUGCUAAAGCUAAAGCUGCUCAAGCUAUGGAGCUAGACAAUUGAGAAUAAAUAUGUUUUGUUUUCACUUGUAUAUGUAAACUGUUCUUCAUUUUGUCAGAAAUCAGUUUAAAGAAAGAAGCUAAAGCUAGGGAUUUUGCACUAGAUAGCAAAAUUGUAGACGUAAAUUAGGUAACAGGUAAAGAGAGUGUGCAUUUUGCAGUAAUACCUAAAGUAUCCCUAUAGACAUAACAAAAUCAAAUAGAACGACUACUGACACGUAUGAAGCAAAAGAAUGACGGGACUAUUGCACAUAUCGAAAGUAUUAAUAAUGCAAACAAUCUUGAAACUUCUGAUAAUGCAAAGAAUCAGGAAUUCACUUAUGUAGAUAUGCACCCUACUGUCAUAUAUCCAGUUACUAAUAGUAAAACCCGGAUUAGAUAAAUGUAAUCAUACUAUAA